GGAAACCACUCUUCCAGGCUUGGCACCAAAGUGGCGCACCACGACAUGCACGGCUGAACGAGGAGUGCGCCUUUAAAGAUGCUUCAUCGUCAACACACGAUUUCUGAUUGAGUGAAGAACCUGCUGUCCAGUCGCCACCAUGAUAGCCACAGGUGGUCUGCUGCGCAUGAACCGGCGCCAGGACUCCCUCCGCUCAAAGAACCGGGCGGAAAACAAAAGGAAGCGGAAAUCCAAGAAAAAGAAGAAAAAUGACGUGGUGGUGGUGAAAGGCAAGCUCAAUCUGUGUUCCCCAGCUGGUAUGGUGGCUGGUGUUGGAGUCGUUGUACUCAUCGUUGGGGUUUCCAUGGCCAUACUGGGCUACUGGCCGAGCCAGAGCCAGCAGCAGUACCAGGAGCGCCGCAGAACUGGAGCUUACCACUCCAACAGGAUAAGCUCCCCAAAAAGUCAACCAGUUUUAGUUUCCAACAUGACCAGUGGGAAGGCAGACUCAUUCAACCAGAGCCAUUCCAACAGCAGCAGCACCACCUCACGCAACUGUGGCUUCCUGUGUGAUUUCCUGGAUAACUAUCUGUACUCGGACAACCUGAAAGUCUUUGGACCAUUGGUGAUGGGAAUCGGCAUUUUCCUCUUUAUCUGUGCAAAUGCAGUACUCCAUGAGAACCGAGACAAGAAAACCAAAAUCAUUAACCUAAGGGAUAUCUACUCCACAGUUAUAGACCUGCACAGCAUACGAUCGAAGGAGUACUCCCCUCUUAACGGUUUGGUGAACUACACCCAAUCAAGGAAUGCUGAGGGCGCCUCUGGGUCUUUCCCUGCAAGUGGGAUGCUUACUCGCAGCUCAUGGCCCUCCACUGGACUCGGAUUCCAUGGAGAGUUGGGAGGCGAUGAGGUGUUCAGACGCCCAUCUUUAGCCAGCAGGCCUCGAAGCUGGUCUAGAGAAGUCCAGACCUUUACAGAUACAGUCUACAGCAUCUACAAAGACUACAGCAAUAGCAGCGAGCAGGCCCCAAUGCCCCGACAGUGGGAGACAACCUCUAUCGUCACUUCCUCUGUGAACGCUUUCACCCUCCCUGUGAUCAAACUGAACAACUGUGAGGUGGAGGAGUCAGGGAGAGUGGAGGCUGAGGGACACUCAGAGGAAGAGGUCAUUAUUGAGACGGCUGCUGAAACGAUCAGUGAGGAAGGACAAGCGAGCAGCAGCAAGAAAGACGAGACAGAUGCAAAGGAGAAGGACGCUUCGGUGGCGGACUCUCCCCCGCCUCUUCAGAGCCGUGAGGAAACAAGCACAGAAACAGCUGACCAACAGGGGGAGCCACAGGCUCAGCCUCAACCACCGUGGAACCAGCUGUUUCCUCCAUCACCUGUUGCCAGGGCAAUGGGGUCACGGCUGUCACUCAACUCCCUCACGGAUCAGCCCAGGUCUGCACGCCGCUGCAGCCUGUCUGUGACUGUGUGCCGUCAAGGCGACAAAGGCAGGCGCUUCAGCUGCCCUCGUCUGGAGCGCUCCAACAGUAAGGGCUACAUCAAACUGACUGACCUGGGGGGAGAGUCCUUCGAAGCCCCAGACACAGACACUUCUUUAGUGGCCACAGAACAGGAAGUAGCAGCAGACGCAGAGGCAGCAGAGGCGGCGCCGGCAGUGGAAGUAGCUCAGGGAGAAGAUGAUGUGGUGGCACAAAGCUCCUCUGCAGAAUCUUAGACUCAUUUUUUUUGCUGACGAGCCUCUGAAAACUCUUUGAUGUCUUAUUCUUCUGUUCCUACCUUCUUCUCUGACUGCUGAUGUGAAGCUGGCCAUUACAGAGGCAAGGAAACAUGGAGAGUAAGCAGCUAAGGACUAUUGAAACAUAGCCAUGAACACUCAAGAGCCAAGCUCUUUAUAAAUACCACAACCACAGCUCAAUCUUCAGAUGUAAUUUUCUAUUUUUUCAAUGUAGCAAGAGCAAUACUAAAGACUUGUAAGAAGAUUUAGAAGAGAUUUGUAUUAAAAAAAAAGUCUGAUGAGAUGAGAUUUUACUUUUCUUUUGUAUGAGUAAGGCAAACAUUGUAGCUUGUAGAAUUGCCAAAACUGUCACUGAGACCUGCUGUCUGACGUUGUACUGUAGCAUCGACACAUGCCACAGAAAAUGAAAUAGUCUAGUUUUGUUUCUCGACAUUGUUAUGUGAAUACCAGGAAAAAAAGGUAAACUGAAUUGAAUCUCAGGUAGACGUUUGGUUUAGGAACAGGACCUUGAGGACAAGGUCUUUCCUCUGUGCACACUUGUUUAUAUGAAGCAUUUAUGGUUGAAUAAACUUGCC